GUUUCUGUCAGUGGCUUGUGUAUCUACUGGGAAUUCUGUUUAAGACCACAAGUUGCAUAGUGUUACUGACUGAGAAGGUGAUUACCACGGCCCAGGGAUGCAGAGCAUUAAAUGUGUGGUGGUGGGAGAUGGUGCAGUUGGGAAGACCUGCCUCCUGAUCUGUUACACCACCAACGCCUUCCCCAAGGAAUACAUCCCAACUGUCUUCGAUAACUACAGCGCACAGAUCACCGUGGACAAUCGGACAGUGAGCCUGAAUCUGUGGGACACUGCGGGUCAGGAGGAGUAUGACAGACUGAGGACAUUAUCCUACCCCCAGACUGACGUCUUCAUCAUCUGCUUCUCCAUAGCCAGCCCCCCGUCGUAUGAGAAUGUGCGCCACAAGUGGCACCCUGAGGUGACCCACCACUGCCCGGAUGUGCCAAUGCUUCUCGUGGGCACCAAGAAGGACUUGAGGAAUGACCCUGAGACCAUCAAGAAGCUCAAGGAGCAGAACCUGAGCCCCAUUUCCCAUCACCAGGGCAACGGGCUGGCCAAGCAGAUCCAGGCCGUCAAAUACAUGGAGUGCUCCGCCCUCAACCAGGAAGGCAUUAAAGAGGUCUUUGCCGAGGCUGUGAGAGCUGUCAUUAACCCAGCUCCGGUGAAAAGCAAGCGAUCCUGUCAGCUCUUGUGAAGAAGGCUCCCUCUCCCCCUCCCCAUUCC